AUGCGAUGGCUGGUCUUGGCGGUAGCGCUGCGAGCUGUCGUGGCGUCCGAGUCCUCUCUGCCACGCCAUGUGGCACCGACCAUCGACUCCUUGGGCGGCUACCUGUACAGUACUGCCUUCCAGAUCGAGGCUGCCACGCUGGAGCUCUCGAGCCGCAAAGAGAACCCGACCUCUGUGACGGUAAAGGUGGAGCAAGCGGACUGCUACCGCAUCUUUGUGCACGAUCUGGCCAGCUCCAUCUCGUCCGACGUGCCUCCGCAGCUCGCCCUCUCCUUCUCCGCCGCCGGUCUGCGCUGCGCGAUAGGCAAGCUCGAUGUCAUUGCGGGACCCUCGGACGAGGCGGAUGCGGUGAGGAUACGAAUGACCGAGGGCACGGUGAACAUUCUCCGUGGCCUCGCCUCGCCCCUCCUGACGCCCCUCUCGGACCUCUCCGUCGUCAUUGAUGGCAUUGCUGGCGACUUUUUGCUCUCGCUUGAGCCGCAAGGAGAGAGCGGCUUGCCGGCGGGCAUCAACUUGAUGAAAGGCGACCUCUCAAUCCCAAUGAGCGCCAUCAACAUCAACGUCGGCUUUGGAUCUGGCAUUGCCAACGGGGCCAUCGGCAUCCUCUCCGGCCUCAUCGCAAACAUGAUCGAGUCGGAGGUCGCGCUCAUGAUCACAGAGGACGUCGACCCGGCGCUCACAGAUGUCGAGCUGCAGCUGACCGAGAUGAUCGCCGACCGACCGCCGCCGGAGCCCGAAGGGCCCAAGGGGCCAGGUGGCUUCAGCUGGGCAGGCGAGGGCGGCCUCGACCCCGCCCUCUCGUGGCUCAACGACACCAUCUCGAACGAGGCUCUCGCACACCGGCCGCCCAAAGGCAACCCGCAAGCCAUGUGCUCACCCACGGCGCUGAGCCGGCUGAUGCGUGUCGUCGCCGUGAUGACUGUCGAGCCACCCCCCGCCCUCGACGCGACCGAGGCGCCCGACAGGAUCGACCUCGCCUCGCAUCUGCCUGAAAUUCCGACAUUCUCCGCCGGCCCUCUCGGCACGGGCUCCGUCGAAUUCUCGGCGCUCUCGCUGCGAGGCCUCGAUCACUUUGAAAACACCUCGGCCGCCCUGGUGGACGCGCGCUCCGUCCGUGUCGCAGCCCGACUGCCGUCGCUCAAGGCGCACGCCGCGCUCAAGCUCACCCUCACGCCCAUCCCUGCCGAGGAGCCGAGCGAGGGCUGCAACGGAUGCGCGUGGAUCGCCGAGCACAAGUGCCCCUUCGACUACGAGUCUGACGCGCAGAAUGAGGCAACGGAUGACGGGACGGCGUGUUACCGCUUCUGCUGCCAAGUGCCGCCGCUCGUGCAAGAGCUUGUGGCCGACGUCGAGAUCCGCGACACUUACGUCGAGGCGCUCUUCGCCAUCUCGCCCGACGAGGCCGCCAUGGAAGCGAUCAGCCUCGCCCGGCUGGCGGAGCGGCCAGAGUGCGCCCUCGCCGUCAUUGGCUUCGAGCCUCGCCAUCUUGCGCUUCGCCUGUCGCCCGGCGAUGUGGAGAUCGGCUACGCCUACCCGCACACCGCCGACGGCGACGGCACACUGGGGGCGGCGGCACUCGCGACAGCAGGCUACGCCGUUCAACUCUUCGCAGGCGCCUCCCUUCCUGGCGCGAUCGCUGACGCCAUCGAUGCCGCUCUUGGCGGGCCAGGGCUCAACAUGCUCGCAAGUGCGAUCGCAGGGGUCAAUCUUGACGGCUGCGGAGCCGGCGUCGCCCCGCGCGGCUUCUCAGGGGCGUGGGCGAAUCUGCCCGAUCGCACGUCGAUGCUGGAGGGCGCAGCUGCGGCUGACAAUGAGACCGCGGCCGAACACGCGGCGCGGGCCAAUCUGGCUAUGCGGACUCUUGGUAUCGACAGCAUCAGCCUGCCGGGGGAACUGGUGAGUCUGGUGGUGACGGCGCCGCUCGCAGAGCCGACGCCGAUCGAGAUUGGCGUGAGCGACGUCUUCGUGUCGGGCCUCGCGUCGCUUAGCGAGAACCUGAACGCUAUCGUACCCGAGCACUUGGUGCCCAAGAUGCUCUCCUCCACGCUCCUUGUGACCUCUGCUGGCAUGACUAUCGACGCUCUCGAGCCCCUGCGCGCUUCGGUGGCAGUGCGCGUGUCGCUUUUGGGUGAGGACCUCUUGCUGUUCAUCAACAUCACUGCAAUAAGCCUCACGGCGGAGGCGGCUCAGCAAGUUCUUGUGGCAGCUGAUGCGCUUGGCGCACUCUCUCUCGCCGACCUCGCCACACCGUGCUUGCUGACCCCACUCGUUGGACUGCACCUCGACUCGCUCAGCGGCAGCGACGUGAUGUUCGAAAUCGCGCUGACGGCAAAUAGCCUCACGACCCCAGCGACGAUCGGGAGUGACUUCAUCGGUGACCUCAUGGCCGCCAUUCUGCCUGGUACUCUUGGUGCGGUCAACGACGGGAUAGUCGUUGGGCUCGAGAUGGCGCGCGACAUCUGCGUCAACGGCCCGCCGCCGCCGUCUCCCGAGGAAGAGGAUUGGAUCCCUGCGGCGGAGAAAAUCGUCUCGAUCAGUGUCUACGCCGCUGCGUACGGCAUCAGUGCUUUGAUCAUCGGCGGGCACUUUCUCUGCUACUGUCUCUGCCGCUGCAGAGGCGGCCGCACCAAGGGAGGGCAGGCGGAGCUGCCAAUCGCCGCCUACUACCACCCCUGUAUCACAUGGUCCCUAACAAUCUUUAUGCUUGCCAACGCGCUGCUCUUCGCCUACUCCAACGCUCCGUUCUUAAACGGAGCCGUGGUGCGCGCCACCGUUGAUGUCGCCGGUGCGCCGCUUCCUCCGCUCAACGCGUUUGGCAUGGGCCUCCCUUCGUCGGUGAUCCGGUUCUGGCUGACUGGCGGUCUCGGCUACGUCCUCUCGUCCUUUAUCGUCGUCUUCUCGGGAAUCUGGCCCACCGUCAAGCUCACGACCACCGUCUUUUGCCUCUGGGCGCCACCUUCGGUGCUGCCCGUCAAGCGGCGCGGGUUCCUGCUCGCUUUCUUCGAGGCCAUGGGCAAGUGGUCGAACAUUGAUUCGCUGAUGAUCUUCAUCCUGAUGGCCGCGAUGAAGAUGGACUUCACCAUUCCACCAUCCCCCCCCGCACCACUAGACCCCGAGUUGGAUUCCGGGCCGCCGGCCGCCUCGGUGAUGGUGGAGGUGAUGCCGACAGAGGGCAUCUCGUACUUUAUGCUCGCGGUCGUCAUCUCCUUUGUCCCGACCGCCCUCGCCUUCCACAUGCACAAGACUGUCGCGCUGCCGCCAUCCCAUCCGUGCGCCCGCACGCCGCGAACGAAGCGGAACCAGGGCGCAAAGGUGAGCGUGCCUGAGACCUUUCGGGGCUGCAGCACAAUCUGCGGGCGCACUGGCAUCUGGACCAACCUGUUCGUAUCGCUGUCGCUGCUGGUUGCGCUCGGCGUCACCGCAGGCGCGUGCUUCCUCCCUGUCUUUCGCCUCUCAAAGGGCGGGCUCCUUGGAGUCGUGCUCGGUGACGCCGCAACAGAGGACUACUCCGUCAUUGACAGCGGGCUAGGCCUGAGAACUGCCUCGCCCGCCUCCUUCGGCUGGCUGAUGGAGGCCUACUGCUACGCCUACUUUGUCAUGAUCAUGGGGGCGCCCCUGCUGUGGUACACGCUCGCAUUCUUCUGCUGGGUUGUGCCGCUGACGCCCACUGCGCGGCAUAUCCUCGGCUUGGUGCUCAACAUCUGCUUCUCCUUCUCGGCCCUCGAGGUGUAUCUGGUCUGCAUGAUCCUCUCGUUGAUGCAGCUCGACUCGAUCGCACAGCAAAUCGUCGGCGAGAUGAGUGUGGGCAUGUGCGAGGCGGCUGGGGCGGUGCUCGAGAAGCAUUUCGGCGACCUCGUCGAGCCACCCACAUGCCUCACCCUCUCCUCGGGCGUGCUCCUCUCGUACUUCCUGCUCUGUCCGGUGACCCUAAUCGGCAUACCGGCUGGGAUGACAGUCGCCAGUAAGCUCGAGGCGUCGGCACUCGACGGCAAUAAGAGGCAGGUCAUCCCGGGGGGGCACAGGUGGGCGACGAUGGAUGAGGCCGACCUCGCAGCCGAAAUGAGGGGAACCUCGCAGCCGCCCAAGGGUAGCAAAGGCAGUGUCGGUCGUGGCCAGUCCCUCGUCCAGUCUGGAAGCUCGGUGAGCACCAUGUUGUAG